AUGACGACUGUGUCUGUGGUUCUCAGACUGCUGCAGGGGGCGGGACUUAGAAUCGCAUCUCGACCCUUCAUUGGUCAGCAGCCCCGGACACUCACGCAGGAGCAUGUGUGGAAGGGGCGUACAAUCCUCCCCUCCCUCACUGUUCCGGCAGCUGAAGCUCUUUAUGAAGGGAACAAUCUGGAGGAUUUUGGACAGUGUGCCGAGCAGCUGCUGUAUUCUGCUGAGGAGAGAGGGGGAGGAGGGGGGAGUGUGCCUCCCUUUGACAAGAGCACCAGGCAGUCGACCCCCUAA